CUACUUCAUCACUCACAAAUACACAAUCAAAUGCAUUCUUUGCGUUUUGCGUUUCGUUUGAACAAUUGAAGAAUUCAUUUUGAAACAACAACAACUCUUUCUCAUAUAUAAACCGUUUCAAAACCCUUAUGUUUCAUUUUCCCCCAAAUUCAAAACCCUAACCCUAAUUUCUCUCUCAAUUUUCCCAAUUUCUCAAUUUCACACCCCACCAUGAGCAAUGAGAUUGUUCAAAAGCCUCCACCAUCAAUCCUCGUUGGUCGAUUCAAAGCUUUGUUGAAUCAACGUCGUGAAGAAGAUCCUAGGUUGAGAAAUUCGCAACCUUCAACAGAAGAAAUUGUUCAGAUUUACGAGCUUUUGUUGUCUGAACUCACGUGUAAUGUUAAACCUAUCAUCACUGAUCUUACUAUCAUUGCUGAACAACAUCGUAAUCAUGCUAAAGGAAUCGCUUUUGCUAUUUGCAACCGUAUUGUUGAGGUGUCUGCAGAUCAAAAGCUACCUUCACUCUAUCUCUUGGACAGUAUUGUGAAGAAUGUUGGCCAGGAAUAUGUUCGAUACUUCUCGCAGCGUCUACCCGAAGUUUUCUGCGUGGCAUACAGACAAGUUGAUCCAAGUUUACAUUCUGCUAUGCGACAUCUCUUUGGUACCUGGUCAAAAGUCUUCCCUCCUUCUGUCUUACGGAAGAUUGACGUGGAAUUGCAAUUUUCUAAACCAGUUAAUAAUCAACCAUCAGGCGUUAAUUCCCUUAGGGCUUCUGAAUCUCCUCGACCAACUCAUGGGAUACAUGUUAACCCAAGAUACGUAAGACAAAUAGAACACUCUACUUCAGUUAUUGAUAGUGUUGCAGGUGAAAGGUUAGACUCAACAGGAACUGCUGGAAAUGCAAAUUUCGGUCUUCUUGCUAGUAAGAUUAAUCAAUUUGUCCCAAGUAGGGUUGGAAGAUCAUCGUCACCACCAAGAAUUGGACUUGAUAGGCAUAUGCCCUCAUAUAUGGAUGAAUAUUUAGCUGACAAUUCUACUGGUAGGACAGUCGAGAGAGAAUCUCCCCAUCAUGCUGUUGAUUAUGGCCUAGUUAAAGGAUUAGGUAGAGAAGAAGAGUCGAGUGAGUGGUCGCGAAAGCCGUUUUCUGGUGAUAGUCGGAAGAGAUUUCAAACUUCUAUGACAUAUAGCCUUAGUAACGGACAACCACGUCAAAAUCCAAGAGCACUAAUUGAUGCCUAUGGUAGUGACAAAAGCCAAGAAACUUCUGGCAGUAAGCCUUUGUUAGUUGAGCGGCUGGAUAGAAAUGGUAUGGAUAAGGUUAUGACAACAUCAUGGCAGAAUACUGAAGAGGAGGAGUUCGAUUGGGAAGAUAUGAGUCCGACAGUAGUAGACCAUGGUAGAAGUAAUGGUUUCCUGCAACCAACUAUCGGUUUCUCAUCAGAAAAGCCUGUUACUGUUGCAGCCAAUGCAACUUCUUCAGUGUCAAGGGUGUUUCCUGGUCUCAAUUCAAAUAUUGAGUACCGUCCACCAGUUUUGCCUGCAGCUUUUGAAACAAGGCACUCCGUAAAUGUGCAUGCUCCACGUCCUCCCAGCAUAACUCCUAUAUUUCCAUCGAAGAAUCCUGUUAGGAAUCCUUUCGAAUCAAUAAAUGCCAAUAGUACCAUUGUGAGUCAUGGUCUAAUCAAUAGGCCUUUUCCUAUGCAUGAACAAUCGUUGCACGGUGUUGAGAACAAUGAUAUCAAUAAAAGAAACCUGUAUCAGCUACCUAAUCAGCUUCCUGGUCUGAUUUCAUCUAACCCGCCAAACAGUGUACAAACACCGUCAUUCCAGUUUUUUCCACCUCAGGAUCCAGCAGCGUCACAAUUUACUUAUAGGCCAUCUUUGCCAGGUCAUGGUCCUGCUAUGAGUAACCCCCUGCCAAAUGUACGACCUGUUAUGCCACUCCCUUUGCCAGGCCAAAGAAUCGGAAACAACUCUUUUCAUUUCCAGGGGGGAGCUUUGCGACCUUUACCUCCACCUGGCCCACAUGCUCCAUCCCAGAUGCCACCUCAUCCCAAUCCUAGUCCAUUUGUACCAAACCAACAGCCAACUGUUGGAUAUUCUAAUUUGAUUAAUUCACUCAUGGCCCAAGGUGUAAUCUCAUUGACUAAUCAAGCCCCUUCACAGGAUUUUGUUGGCAUUGAGUUUGAUCCAGAUACUCUGAAGGUUCGUCAUGAAUCUGCAAUCAGUGCCUUAUACGGUAAUCUUCCUAGACAGUGCACAACUUGUGGCCUCCGAUUCAAAUCCCAAGACGAGCACAGCAGUCACAUGGAUUGGCAUGUGACUAAGAACCGUAUGUCUAAAAACCGUAAGCAGAAGCCCUCUCGUAAAUGGUUUGUGAGUGAGACGAUGUGGCUUAGUGGUGCAGAGGCAUUGGGAACUGAAUCAGCUCCAGGUUUUUUGCCAACCGAGACCACUGAGGAAAAGAAAGAAGAUGAAGAGUUGGCAGUUCCGGCCGACGAGGACCAAAAUACAUGUGCAUUAUGUGGAGAACCUUUUGAAGAGUUUUACAGUGAUGAAACGGAGGAGUGGAUGUAUAGAGGAGCUGUAUACCUUAAUGCGCCUAAUGGAAUAACAACAGGCAUGGACAGGUCGCAGUUAGGCUCCAUUAUUCAUGCUAAAUGCAGAUCUGAAUCUACCCCGUGUGAAGAUUUUGUGAUGGACGAAGGGGGUACCUAUGAAGAAGGCAGUCAAAGAAAACGAAUGCGGAGCUGACUAAACUAGUCCAUUUUUGUCCACUGUAACUUAUGAGUUUCGGAUUAAUGUAUGCUUUUACAUUUUUUUAAAAGUAGAGCAGAAUCUUCUGAAAUACAUGGCCUCUUGCCUAAAUUAUGUACAUGUAUAGGUGCUCCUGUGUAACAUCCAUAGUUUAUUGCAGUCAAAAGGUUACAUUUAACCUGCAAAUUUUCAGUUCCUUACCUUUAUUGUCCCCAAAAAAGCUUUCAAAAUUGUCAUUUCUUUUACAUUAUUUCUGGGAUGGAGCAGUAGUUACUGGGGACAUGGCAAAGGAUCCAUGAGCAUUUACUGUUUGAAUUGCUGUACCGAAUAUAAAUGGUGCAUUGAUGAAUGGAUGAGAAUACUACAGAUAUUUCA